CUGGGGUGUUAAUGAUUCUAAAUACAGAUAUCUUUAUCAGUUUUUAAUCAACGAUAAUAAAUCGGGACGAUGAUGCGUAAUCUGAAUUUAAACCGAUGAUCAAAUAUGCUUAAAGGUUUUGGUUUCUUGUUUUAGAAGUAAAAUUUAAUAUUCAGUUUUUCAGUGGAACUGUGAUAUGAGACGGGUGUUAAGGUGUGUUUAUCCUCUGUGUGUGUUUCUGGUAGCUUUCCUAACCACCUAUAUAUACCUACACCUUUCAACAAAUGGAUUACAAAGACCUAAGCCAAGGUACAUGGUUCCUACCAAGGAUCCAGUCGAGCUGGAUUUGGCUAUGGACGCUGAAGUCGAUAUCGAGGAAAUAGAUAUCCCCUCAUAUGAUAUGGAUAUAACCUUGAUGAAAGCUGUCGAUAAACUCGUUAGACGAGAAUCGACGGAUCUCAAACCAGUCAACUUGAAGAAAUUCCGUUACAUGUUGACACCUGGUCAUAAGUGCGAUUUCCACGAAAGAACGACUAACUUUUCCCGCGUUUUAGUGUUGGUGAAGUCUGCUCCGGAUCACCAGCGUCUGAGGCGUUGGCUGCGGCUGCUGAUAAAUGAUACCAUCGGAAUCCUCUCAAACAACGUAAAAAUGUUCUUUCUGUUGGGAUAUUCUCGAGAGUUGAACAAUGAUAUUCGUUCCGAGAGCGAGAAAUACGAUGACAUCAUUCAGAAGAAUUUCAUAGACUCUUACAGAAAUCUCACGUACAAAACCCAGAUGGCUUACGAGUGGGCUUCAAUGUAUUGCUCUUCUGCAGAUUUCGUGCUCUUUCAAGAUGACGAUUUUUUUGCCAACAUAAAGAAUGUGGUUGAAUUUCUCUCCGAACAGCUUACACCAGAAGAACUAUUCACGGGACACGUUGUGGAAGCUGGGUCCACCGUUAUAAGGGAUAGGGCCAGCAAAUGGUUCGUGUCCAACAUUGCUUUUUCCAAUAACAUGUUCCCGGCCUAUUUUCCUGGAGGGAGUUAUAUUGCUAGUUCGCAGAUAGUAGAGAGACUGUCCUUCGCCUUUCUCUUUGUGCCGGUUAUUCCAGUGGAUGACGUCUACGUAGGACUAGUGUCGUCAAAGUUAGGCAUCACGAUGAAACAUUCGCAUCGGUUUUAUUUUUCGGACUGUCAAAACUGGAGUCAUUGUUUGGCAUGCAAGGCGUUUUUGUGAGCGACAAAAGUCAUAAUGCUAUAAGACGACGUUUUCAAAUAUAAGUUUUACAAACAUUGAUUGAUACAUGAUUCAGAGAUUUCCUGUCAAAAAAUCAAUUUUGAUAUAUGAAAUAUGUGUCGUUGUUAGGGAAUAAAAGUAAAAAAAAACCGGGUUCUUUGAUAGAGGAUUACAACUUUUGCUUCUUAAUCUUGGGGGGGGGGGGGGGGGUAGGAUAACUCUUGUCAUGAACUUCUUCUGCCGUCCUCGACGAACAUGUUCUUUACAUUAAAAAAAACUCACGCCAAGCGUAAUAUAAUACAGUUUCCAGCCAAGUUUUUCAACUGUAAAACUGUCUAGAUGUGUCUUGGUAGUUUAUCAUCCUUUGGUAUGGUAUGAGGUCAUCUAUACAUUUAAAGUUGUAUCCUAUUCUGACAUCAUAUCAUCUUUUUGUCAUCGAUUCCAGCUUGCAGUCGGUCGUCUUCCAGAUAGGAUAACAUUAGAAAUAAUUUGUGAGAGAUCUCCUUACGGCAAUGUAGACUUUUCUUGAAUAUGACUGAUAUUUUCAUCUUUAUAUUUUAGAAAUAAAUCUAUUUAUGCAUAAUU